GUUCCCCGUGAUAACACUCUUUUUUGUGACGCUCUCCAUGAAUACUUGGUACUCACGUCACUGCUUCAAUCAGUGAUGAUUUUCCUGCUCCACCAUAUUUCAUCCUUCUGAUCGAUAUGGAAAAUUUCAAUUCUCUUGCAUGCAAAGUUGCUUAUUUGGCUGAUGUUAUUCGCAUGGAGUCUUUCUCUGCCAUGACUCUUGUUGUUACCGUCUCGGCUAUUCUGGGCAUUCUUCUUCUCUCUUUAAAUCUCUGGAAGCCCAAAUCCUCCCUUAAAAUCCCCCCAGGAAAGUUAGGGUUCCCCGUGAUUGGUGAGACAGUACAAUUCCUUCAGGCGCUUCGAUCAGGCACACCGCAACUGUUUUUCGAUGAGAGGGUUAAGAAAUUUGGUGAUGUUUUCAAAACAUCACUAUUAGGGCAUCCCACUAUAGUUGUGUAUGGCCCCGCUGGAAACCGUUUAGUUCUGUCCAAUGAGGACAAGCUGGUGCAUAUUUCAUGGCCUAAGUCUUUCAUGAAAUUGGUCGGAGAGGAAUCCAUGGGAAACAAAAGAGGAGAGGAUCAUCUCCGAUUGCGUGCAGCACUUGCUCGCUUUCUGGGUCCUCAAGCAUUAAAGAGUUAUAUGUCUAAAAUGAGUGUCGAAAUCCAACGUCAUAUUACAGAGAGAUGGAUGGGAAAAUCCCAAGUGAAGAUGCUUCCUUUGGUGAAGGAGCUCAUGUUUUCAGUCGCAGCCAGUUUGUUCUUUGAUAUUAGCGAUGAUUCUGAAAGAACAAGAAUCCGUCAUCUUCUUGAUACCAUAGUUGCUGGAUGUUUGUCUAUUCCGCUCGACUUUCCAGGAACUCGAUUCCGCAGAGCGCUUGAGGCACACUCCAUCAUGGAUCGAAUUCUCUCUUCUUUAAUUGACAAGAAAAGAAUCGAAUUGCAGGGUACUGGGAGAGCAACUAGCCAUCAAGAUUUGCUCUCUGUGUUGAUCACCUACAAAGACGAAAGAGGCAAUCCACUCACGGACAAGGAAAUCAUCGACAAUUUUAAUAGUUUGCUUCAUGCUUCGUAUGACACCACUGUUUCGGCCCUUACCUUGCUAUUUAAACUUUUAUCUUCCAAUCCCGAUUGCUAUGAGGAAGUAGUCCAAGAACAAAUGGCAAUUGUGACAAAUAAAAAGGAUGGAGAAGAAAUCAGCUGGGAAGAUCUCAAAGACAUGAAAUACACAUGGCAAGCUCUUCAGGAAACACUGCGCAUGAAUCCUCCUCUUUUUGGAUCAUUUCGCGAGGCCAUCACUGAUAUUGACUACAAGGGCUAUACAAUCCCAAAAGGAUGGAAAAUCUUAUGGACAGUUUAUAGCACCCACAGGAAGGAAGAGUAUUUCAGUGAGCCAGAAAAAUUCAGGCCUUCAAGGUUCCAAGAGGGAAGCAGUCAUAUGGCUCCUUACACCUUUUUACCCUUCGCUGCAGGGCAGCGAGGUUGCCCGGGAUGGGAAUUUUCAAAGCAGGAAGUAUUACUGUUCGUUCAUCAUUUUGUUAAAUCUUUCAGUGGCUUCACCGCUAUUGACCCAGCUGAAAAAAUAACAGCAGAUCCACUCAUUGCUCUCCCAUCUAAUGGUUUUGACAUUAGACUUUUCCCCCGACCUUAAGCUAGUUGGAGGAGACAGACACUAAGCGUUAGCAAGUGGUUGAACAUAUGAAAAUAUACUUGAUGAUAAAUAUUGCGCCCCUGAGAUAGUUAAAUGUAUUAGAUCUUAAUUGUUCGCAUAUUUUUUCUAUUUUGUUUGCCUUAUUGUACAUACUUACCAUAGUGUUAUAUAGAAAGGUUGAACUAUGAAAUUCGUUGGGA